UAAUAUUGCUGGACUCUAAAGCACAACAGACAGAGUUAGAAUGGAUUUCCUCUCCUCCCAAUGGGUGGGAAGAAAUUAGUGGACUGGAUGAAAACUACACUCCUAUACGAACAUACCAGGUAUGCCAGGUGAUGGAAUCAAACCAAAACAACUGGCUUCGGACUAACUGGAUUGCAAAAAGCAAUGCACAAAGGAUUUUUGUAGAACUGAAAUUCACUCUGAGGGAUUGUAACAGUCUUCCUGGAGUUCUGGGGACUUGUAAAGAAACUUUUAACUUGUAUUAUUAUGAAACAGACUACGACACUGGCAGGAAUAUCCGAGAAAACCAAUAUGUAAAAAUAGACACUAUUGCAGCAGAUGAAAGUUUUACCCAGGGUGAUCUUGGGGAAAGAAAAAUGAAACUUAACACAGAGGUGAGAGAAAUUGGACCUUUGUCCAAAAAAGGAUUCUAUCUUGCAUUUCAGGAUGUAGGGGCCUGCAUUGCUUUGGUCUCUGUCAAAGUCUACUACAAGAAGUGCUGGUCCAUCAUUGAGAACUUAGCUAUUUUUCCUGACACAGUGACUGGCUCAGAGUUUUCCUCUUUAGUUGAAGUACGAGGAACUUGCGUCAGCAGUGCGGAGGAGGAGGCGGAGAACUCGCCGAAGAUGCACUGUAGCGCGGAGGGAGAAUGGUUAGUGCCUAUUGGAAAAUGUAUCUGCAAAGCAGGAUACCAGCAAAAAGGAGACACGUGUGAACCUUGUGGCCGUGGGUUCUACAAAUCCUCCUCACAAGAUCUGCAGUGCUCCCGCUGCCCUACUCACAGCUUCUCUGACAAGGAAGGAUCUUCAAGAUGCGAUUGUGAAGAUAGCUAUUAUAGAGCACCUUCUGAUCCACCAUAUGUCGCAUGCACAAGACCUCCAUCUGCACCACAGAACCUCAUUUUCAAUAUCAACCAGACUACCGUGAGUUUGGAGUGGAGUCCUCCUGCUGACAACGGGGGAAGAAAUGAUGUGACCUACCGCAUUUUGUGCAAGAGGUGCAGCUGGGAGCAGGGCGAAUGUGUUCCCUGUGGGAGUAACAUUGGAUAUAUGCCCCAGCAAACUGGAUUAGUAGAUAACUAUGUCACUGUCAUGGACCUGCUCGCUCAUGCUAACUACACGUUUGAAGUUGAAGCUGUGAAUGGGGUUUCUGACUUGAGUCGUUCCCAGAGGCUUUUUGCAGCUGUCAGUAUUACCACCGGUCAAGCAG